AUGCCCAGGCCUACCCUCAUACAAUCCGUCUUUCGCAAACCAUCCCGCUCUUACGCAGACACCAACGCGCCCUCCCCCUGGUCCGACACCUACGACUACGACGACGACCACCAACAACCAUCCUACUAUCCUUCCGCCCAAUCCUACCGGCAGUACCCUCGCCGGCCCUCGUCGACGCUCUCAGCCGUCAGUGAGGAUGCAGGGAUUCACAGGACCAGAUAUCAGAAACCUUCGAGAAGGGCAGACGGAUUCGUCACGCUUCGCAAUGGAGAGACGGUGUUUGCCCCCGGCGGGUCAUAUAGAGAAACCACUUCCGAGAUCAGCCCAGCAAGGCCGUUCUCCCCAACACAGUCGCUCCCAAUAGCACCCCCAAGUGGUCAAGCCAUUAAGAAGAAGAAGAAGAAGAAGGUUCAUGCCCCCGGUAUAAGUUCCCAGAUACCCGAGAGUGAGACUGGCAGUAUCACAAAAAGCGAUACGCCUCGGAAGAAGAGGAAACCAAAGGCAACGACAUCACCCGCCUCCCCAACGUCAAUCACACCCCCUCUACCCCCUCCACCUCCUAUCCACUCAAGAUUCAGUGAGACAUCGUCUUCCGCCUCAUCUUCGCCGGUCCCCAUCUCUCCCGUCACUCUUAGACAUUUUGCGCCUUCCGUUCCGCUUGAGGCAGGGAUCAACGAAAGAGCAGGGCCGGAACGGAUACAAGUGAAGCCAGAGAGGGCUGCUAUCGCGGUUUUGACCAAGUCGAAAUCCGUGUCACCAACAGCGCCGCUGUUGACCCCUCCAGCGUCUGAACGAUCAACUCCGAGCUCGUCUUCCCAAUCUGUCGCGCGAAGUAGGCUGGUAUCAGUGCCGCCAGCGGUUUCCGCUGUAGAAGAGCAGACCAGGUAUGUGACACAAAGACAGCCGAAGGCGAGUGCAAGGCCAUUGAGUAUACGGACGGCAGAGUCAGACACCGACGACGACGUCUUUUAUACCCCAAGCUCGUCCAUCGCCGACCUGAAUAACUCUCUAGCUGUGGAGGAGGAAAGCUCGGAUGAUAUGGCUACCCCAAGGCCCCCGCGGCCGAAAGCGUCUGCACCCAUCCUGAACGUUCUUCCUCCUACACCUGCCCCGAUUCCUGACCCUCCUAUAUCGCCUUUUGAGUCCACUCCAACAUCUUCUCGGUCAAUUGCCACAUCCUUUGAGCCUGUUGCGCGCCCCAAAGCUGCUCCCAUCCGUCCGUCGAUGGCGAUGGAACAGAAGGUGCCGCCACCUCCAUUCAAAGACGAGGCAGACUUUCAAAGUGAUUCAGGAGAAAUGGGAUCAGACAGGGAAGAAUAUCUAGAGCGCCAUGGUCUGAGGCCAAAAUCUAAACUUUCUCACAAUCGCUCGCGCUCGCAAGCCUCUUCUUUAGUCCGAUCAUCCAGCCGUCUGGGGUCGAACAACAACUCGCCUUCCCUGUCUCGCUCAGCCACAUCGCGGCACGUAUCGCAAUCCUCCUUCGAGGGAACUAGCCGCGCCACUUCAGAACUCUCAUUCAGCAGUGCCCGGGAAGGUGGCGGCGGUAGCACGCGAGGGAGUGUCAAGGGCGGGUACGGCAAAGGGGGCUGGGCAGCGGCAGCAGCGAGCGCCAACGAAGGCAGGUCCGGGGCAACAUCGCCGAUCAUGUAUCUUCCGGAAAGAGGCACGGGGUGGGAAGACUUCCAACCUCCCAUGCCUAUUUUGGCACCUCCAGCGGCCGUACCGCCUCCAAGGCAGUCCAAGUUCACUCCUCUUCCUCCUGCUUCGACGCCGUCGUUUGACAGAAUCCUUGUCGAUACGUCGAAAGUCAGCAAUUCUGUCACCGCGCCUUCCAACGACUCAAGCCCCUCCAGAGAACACAGUGUUGGCCCACAGGUUCCAAGUAGGAGUAGCCCGGACUCGUUGUCGUCGCCAAGCGAGUACUCACAAGCUUCUUAUGGCUCGAGCGGGCUGCCUAUUCCUAGCCGAUCAUAUGUGCAGCAGGCAAAUACUGCACGGACGGGCCAGAGCAGCGGAAGCUUGGAGCCCGAGAUGCCUGCUUCAUUCCCUAUCCGCACCCAAUCUCCUCUUCCUUCUUUGCCCGGACGACUCCCCUCUUCAUCUUCAAUACGUCCUGUAUCGCCGUUACCCUCUGAGACAUCCCAGGCCUUCGCUUCGCGCCCCACUUCGCCUAAUCCCAGUAUGCUUCGCCCCACGACUCCCCGAGCUGGCUUCCAGCCUCCUUCGUCUCUGGACCCGGACAUGCUCACCAUAUUACCCGAAAUGACACCCCAGGAUUCCGAGAGGUUAUAUCAACCUACGGAAAAUUUCAACGGGGCCCAGCGAAGCCGGUCCAGGCUGUCUCUACAUGAAGGCGCGCUUUCAAGAAGGUCCAGCAUGUUCAGAGCGAAGAGCGAAGUCGGACAUUCCAGGCCAGGCAGUGCUGCGACAAACAACGAAGCUGGAGAAGAAGGGGAUGCUCUGGGUGAGCUUCCCGCGCCAGGAGUCAUCAGACGUUCAAAAAGCGUCAUCGGUGGCAAGCUGGGUGGCAAUUCACAGAAAUGGGAGGGCAGCUCGUAUGGUGAUGGAGGGGUAUUGAUGGAAUCGCAUGGAAGAGAUCAGGACGGCACGGGUGGCUACACUAAUUUGGUUCUCCCUUCGGGAGCGUACCACCCUUCACACCCAUCCAAGACUGCUCCGAGCCUUGACUCUCGCAUCCUAGGUUUACCCCACUCUACCAUGGCUUCCAUAAGUCUCACGAGUACCAGAGAUCACUACCAAGCGACCCCUCUGCAUCUUCGUGCUCAACUACCGCCUCUUGUGGACUUUGCUUCUCACAUGAAGCCUCCUGUAAGCUCGAAAGUGGGCAAAAGCCAAGUAAUGGUCCAGGUCUAUGCUGUGGCUGUGGAUGAGUUUGAUCUUAGGACUUUGGAUGAGAAAGGGAAAAGUGACGUUGGGAAGUGGGUUCCAGGAAGGAGCUUUGUUGGUAGAGCGUUGGUCGUUGGUGCGGAUGAGAAAGAGAUCGUCCGGGGCGAUAUUGUCAUGGGAAUCCAGGACAUCCGAAAGAGCGGUUCUCUGGCCGAGUACAUCACUGUCGACCGUCGUCACAUCUCCCGCGCACCCUUCCCUACCCAGUUGACUUUGGAGCAACUGGCGGUCCUUCCUUUACAAGGCAUUGCCGCAGCACGUUCUGUCAUGGGAUCCCUCUCGCGUACCUCACGUGCUAUCAUCCUCAAUGCACAUACGGGGAUCGCGGCUCUCGUGUGUCAAGAAAUGUCUCGAGCUGGUGUGCACGUCACUGUGAUUAUUCCUGGUGGAGAGGACGCGCAAGAAAACCAUCAGAGGUGCUACGACAACGGGGCGAAGGGCGUUUUGACAGGUUCACCAGCUGCAGUGUUGAUCAACUUGGAGGAAGGGAGGUAUGACUUUGUGUUCGAUACGCAAGGAGGGGCGAGAAUCUACGAAACGGCGAGAAGGGUAUUAAAGGACGGCGGCAAGCUCGUGACCACCAAGCAGCCGGAACAAACACUCAGACAUGUCCCUCCUCAUUUGACGACGCGACCGUCCGGGCUCAAAACGCUUCGCAUGGCCUUCUCGAGUAAGAGGAAAGAUUCCAAGUUCAUCGAUCUCUCCUACAUCUCUCCCACGGCUUGUGGCGAGCCGGAGGUCGAUAGUUCCGGAUUGGAUUUGAGAGACGUGAUGGAGGAGCCUUGCAUGGCGGCUUUCAAGCCGUUUCUAGAUAACGGGGGUGGGGAUGGGGGACCUGCUAUUCUUCCGUUCGAAAAAGGCAGAGAAGCCUUCAGAUAUGGAGGCUGGGGCGAAUGUGGCGUUAGAGUUGUGAGACUCAUCAAUUGA